CCGCGCCAGUACAGUACGUACGUACGUAAACAAGUGCACAACACAUUAUGGGUGCAUAUCCAUGCACAAACAUAAUGAUCGAGCCCGUUUCUUUACAAAAUAUUGAUUGACCUUGUCAACAUUUACGUUGGAUUUGUGUUGCGAUAAGUCUGAGUACCAGCAGCAGCAGUAAACGGCUGAGACAAGACAAGAAUCUUCAGGUGUAGCACACGAACUUCCAGUACACUGAAAUGGCUGGUCAGCAUAAGCAGUUCCUGAACACGGUAGGGACGUGCGUGGAUGAGAUGUUGGAAGGGGUGGUGGCCGUCAAUCCAGCCGUCAAAUUGCUCAAAGGCCACAGGGUGGUUCUACGAGCUGACAUCGCCGAGUAUAAAACUGCUGGCAAGGUGGCCGUACUCUGUGGCGGUGGCUCGGGACAUGAGCCGUUUGCAUCAGGGUAUGUCGGUCGCGGUAUGCUGACUGGCGCCGUGGCUGGCUCGGUCUUUACCUCGCCUCCUGCAAGUGACAUCCUGGCAGCCAUACGAGCCGUCGCCAACCCAGCUGGAGUGCUGCUCAUCGUGGCCAACUACACGGGCGACCGGAUCAACUUCGGCCUUGCGGCAGAGAAAGCCAAAGCCCAGGGCGUCAAGAUCGAGACGGUCACGGUAGCUGAGGACAGCGCCCUCACGAGCGUGGACAAGACAGCCGGGAAACGCGGACUGUGCGGGAUCAUUCUCGUGCAAAAGAUAGCAGGAGCAAUGGCAGAAGAGGGUCACACAUUAACGGAGAUUGUAGAAGCUACCACUAGAGCCGCCAAAUCUAUGGGAACCAUAGGCAUCAGCCUAUCGCCGUGUCACGUGCCAGGGUCUGGUGCCACUUUUCAGAUUGGUGACGAGGAGAUGGAAUUGGGCCUCGGGGUGCACGGGGAACCAGGUGUGAAACGAAUGAAAGUCUGCCCUGCGGACGCCAUAACGGCAGCCAUGAUCGAUCACAUGACCAACACAGCUACCAGCAGCCAUAUUGAAGUCAAAUCGGGCGAUCGUGUCCUGGUUUUGUUGAACAAUUUGGGCGCGACAUCUGCCCUGGAGCUCUUCCUGAUGGCGCGCUCCGCCAUCCGAUACAUUGAAUCGAAAGGGGUUAUUGUGGAACGAGCGAUGGCUGGACAUUUCAUGACGUCACUAGACAUGGCGGGUCUCUCCCUGACCAUCAUGCAUCUGGAUGAGGAGCGGAAGCGAUAUAUCGAUAAAGAGACGAAUGCGUUGGGCUGGCAGAGAGGCAAUGUCUCGGCGGAUGGAAGCGCCCUCUCUCGACCGCGAGGCUCCAGCGUCAUCGAGGUUCAAGAGGAGGGCUUAGCUACAGACAAGCAAAGUCGCGAACAAAGUUCAUCAAAUGCAGGAUCGGAAGCUUCUACGGGUGCUACCCCAGAAAUCUCCAAGCGUCUGGUGUCGGUGAUUUCCGCCAUUUGCGAGACGCUGAUUGCGGCGGAGGACAGACUGAACGACUUGGACCGGUCGGGCGGGGAUGGAGACUGCGGCACGACCAUGAAGCGUGGGGCAGAAGCGAUCCUGCGCGCCCGCGCGCGACUGGUUGCCAUGGGGGCAGGCGAGAUGAUGGACGCCCUCGCCGACACGGUGGAGCGGAGCAUGGGCGGGUCCUCGGGCGGGCUGUACAGUUUGUUUCUUACUGCGGCAGCUACGUGUCUAGGCUCCAGUCCGAGUGCUGACCAAUGGGUGAUCGCCCUGGGUGCAGGAAUGGACGCUGUAUGCAGGUACGGUGGAGCUGAGCCCGGAGACAGAACAAUGCUUGAUCCUCUCCACGCUGCGAGAGUCCUACUGGAGAAGGCAAAGUCUGGAACACAAUCCCUUGGGAAAACACACUUCCAACAAGCUGUGGAGGCUGCGGAAGAUACGGCAGUGAGAACGGCCACGAUGGAGGCCCGAGCGGGCAGGGCCAGCUACGUCAACAAGGAGUUGGUACGAGAGCCGGACCCCGGGGCCCAGGCGGUCGCCGCCUGGCUACGCGCCGCUUUCCGGUGUUUCUACGGGGAAUGAGGCGAAUCCAAUAUUAAAUUGUUACAAUAUAAUAUCAGCAUCUCUAUGUGAAAGUUGCUAUAUUAUCAAAAGGUCUACGGGGGCGGGCAGUCUGACGGGUCUCAUUUUUGAAGGGGUCACUGAAUGGGUUUUGGCCAUAAUUUAAAUCAAUACAACUUUGUUUUCUAGUCUAUAUGGUCGUACAAACAUGCCCUUGGGUAAAGGUCUCGAGGGGGGGGGGGGUUCAAUUGAAAAUGAAAUGCAUGAAAUCAUAGGGAUCAUUUCCCAGUUAUUUUUCAAUUUUCUUAUGAUGUACAUUGUACAUAUUGGAGGCUGAUGUGUGUGUUUUGGACGAAGUCGCCUUCAUAUUUUGAGUGGUUAUUGACAAUGCUUCAGCUUACGGAAUCUGAUUGAACCAAAAACGUGGGUUCACUGAUCAAUACUCUGUCAACGUUAAUUCCAUUACGUUUCAGCAUCUAGUGAUUGUGGCUUUUAGCACGUUGCAAUAAACGACCAUAUUUUUUCCUCCAUCGGUUCUCAGGUCGUCUCUUACGAUGUUUGAGGAUUGAGCACAUAUCUGGUAAAAGUGCUGUUACGGCCCGUUGAACUAUUUUUACCAUUUUGUUUUUAUAAAUCGAUUGAAACCCGAAUGCCGCCGGACGUUGAAAUUGUCCCGGCGUAUUCAGCGCACGAACCGCAGCGAACAAUCAACCUGUUGGGUGGUAUACAAAUGAGAAAUUUUGAAAUUUUGUUUUUGUCCUUCUAAAAAAAGUGCCAAAGUGUUUUUGAGCAGGCUCCAAAUUUUGUUUUCUCAAACGUAUUGUAAAUCACACGCCAGUAAUUUGAACAGUAUUUUUAAACAGUUUAGUUCACUUCGUCAUAGUUUUUGGAUCGUCUGGCUUAUCUGUUCAUUGUCCUGUAGUAAUGUCUAUCCUGUUUGCCUCUGUUUUUAAUAAACACAUUACUUUUGUAAAGGUAUAACCUGUGAUGUCGAUGAUCAUCAGAUAUGUUUCGUCAUAAAUGCUUAAAUGAUAAAUGAAAUGAGAAUUGAAAUAAAUACAUGGGAUAUUCUUAAA